CAGGAAAUUUGCUCUCUGGAAGUGUGUGAGAGAUUAUAGCUGUGUGAAUACUGUCGUGUGAGGUGGCCACUACACUGACUGCUGCGCUCUCGAAGGGUGGGUGCUCCUUUGUACACAAACGAGAUCCGGGAGCUGCCUGUUCUAUUCCGCAAACGCUCAGAGGAAAACGGUGAGGCAGAAAGCCGUGGGCGGAAAGAGAAUUCAGGUUGUUGGAAGACCCUAGGGAACUUUCACUCUUCACUUGAAAGGAAAUAACAUUGAAGGUUAAAGUCAAAUAAUUUCCUUUUCCAUAGAUUAGAUGGCGUCAGUGAAUGACUCUCGCCUUCAGCAGCAGCCUGCCCAGAAGGAUGCGGCUGACCAGAACUUUGACUACAUGUUCAAGCUGCUGAUCAUUGGCAACAGCAGUGUGGGGAAGACCAGCUUCCUGUUCCGCUAUGCUGAUGACUCCUUCACCUCAGCCUUUGUCUCCACUGUGGGCAUAGACUUCAAGGUCAAGACCGUUUUCCGCAAUGAGAAAAGGAUAAAGCUACAGAUAUGGGACACAGCGGGACAGGAGCGCUACCGUACCAUCACCACAGCCUACUACAGAGGAGCCAUGGGCUUCCUGCUCAUGUAUGACAUCACCAACCAGGACUCCUUCAACGCAGUUCAGGACUGGGCAACUCAGAUUAAGACAUACUCUUGGGACAACGCACAGGUGAUCCUGGUGGGAAACAAGUGUGAACUGGAGGAUGACAGGCUCGUCCCCACAGAGGAAGGCCAGAGACUGGCCGAAGAUCUUGGGUUCCAGUUCUUCGAGGCCAGCGCCAAGGACAACAUCAACGUGAAGCAGGUGUUUGAGCGGCUGGUAGACGUCAUCUGUGAGAAGAUGAACGAGAGCAUGGGCGGAGAUGCCAACCUGUUGUCCAAUCACAGGAGCACCAGUCUACAGGACUCGCCUCCAGAGAACCAUGGGGGCUGUGGCUGCUAAAUCCCGCCUCACUUCUCCUCACAGCCCCACAACAAACCCUGGCACUGUGUGUGAAGUAUAGAGAGUACACCUCACAAACUACACCCCAGUCUCACACCCCCUAACACAGCCACUACAGUGAAAACCAUAAAGCAGCCAGCUGAGAUAACCAUUGGUCCCCUCCCCUCGGUCCAUCCAGCAUUAUCCCACAUAUCCCCUGCUCUAGUUUCUGUAUUCCCUGAAAAGGCCCCAUCUCUCUUGUGUACUGUGGCCUUCACCCCAUGGUCAUUAUUUUAGGUCAUUGUGUUCAGAGUUUAAUUAAUGAAAAUAUAAUAGUUUAAGACAAACAGAGCAGGUGCUUUUGUUUUGGAUGCCCCCUGGCUAGGUGCUCUGCUUCGAAUGUAUUCAUUGGACUAAACUUCUCAGAAUCCAAAACCAGACAGAAAACAGCACCCCAAAACCUGAAAAACAAAAUCCACAUUUUUGCUGUCAUAUCCUUGAUCAAAAUCUAGAUGUAACUGUAAUUAAUGAAAUCAGAGGACAUCAUCCAGACAAUCACAAAACUGAGUUAUUCUGCUGCUUUGGCCUUUUGCUUCCUUAUUUCCCUGACCUCCAUGCUUUACUCUGUGACACUGAAGAUGCAAUUUUGCCAUGUCCUCAGAAUAAUUGUGCACUACUAUUUUUGAGACUUUCUUAAUUAACCACUACUGCUUAUGGGAAAGAGAAGGUGAAAAGUAUGAGAUUCUGCUCCAAACAAUGUUAGAGUAAUGUUGUGCUCUAGGAUGUUUGUCUGGGAGGAAGUCGUAUAACACUAAUGACACUGACACGCGUCAUGUGAUCUGCUCUGGCAUGUCCUCACUCACCCCUCUGUGCUCCCUUCCUACUCAUUGUUCUUACACUUUCCAACCCGAUUGCACCAGGCUUCAACAGUGUCCUGUAAUCUGGAUGUGCCAGUGUAAACUGCCUGCAUUACUUGCAUGAUCUUACUGUACUGUUCUUACAUCUAAGUUACUGUCUAUGAAGUAGCCUAAUUAAAGCGAGGUGAUUGGCCAAGCAUGACACCCAUGCUAAUUAAUUUUCCAUAUCAUAUGCUUAAACAGAAAGACAAAUGGUGCACCUAAAGCAUGUACAGUGCAUUCCAUUGUACUGCUUGGAUGGCUUCAGUAGAAAAAAUAUGCAUCUCUCCAACUGGACUGGAGAGACAUGCAUCUCCCUGUUCUCCGGCCCUCUGUUACUCACAGACACUGCCAUUUCCCUAUCACUAGCCCCACACUGUUCACUGGUCCUCUGUUACUCACAGACACUGCCAUUUCCCUAUCACUAGCCCCACACUGUUCACUGGUCCUCUGUUACUCACAGACACUGCCAUUUCCCUAUCACUAGCCCCACACUGUUCACUGGUCCUCUGUUACUCACAGACACUGCCAU